AUGCUCUCAAUUGAUGAAAGUAACAAUCCAAAAGACGUUGAACAAUCUCAAACUCUACCAAGUCUUAGCAACAAUCAGCAAGAGUGCAACCAAAUUAAGGAACAAGAACGACUACCACAGAGUGGAUAUUUAGUUUUUUCCAUGCUACUAAUGCUUGUAUGUUACACGUUUUUGGGAAGUGAUAAGGAGAAGAAUUUCAUUCAAACUAUUGCAUUAAUAAUUAAGGUUCUAUUGGCUGGUCUAUUCUACAUUCUCCAUCAUGAAGGAGUUAAUUAUUUCAUAUUGAGUGGUGUGUCUGUUCUUCAAAUUGUUUCGAUUCUUGUUGGAGAUUUUCCUUUCGUGUUCUAUGGUUUUGGAAAUAAUUUUGAAAUUAGAUUUCCUGCAAGUUUUAUUGUGUCCUUUGAAUUGUUUUGUUUGGUUGUGAAUGCUUUGUUCAUUUCAAAGAAGAGAGAAAGUAAUCAACUAGAAGUUAAUCAGGAUAAUUCCAACACUAUUUAA